AUGGCGCUUAUAUACCUUACCUGCUUCCUUGAUCGGUCUAAUAUAGCCAAUGCCAAAGUCUUAAAUAAAGAUACGUCCGACAAUAUUAUGUAUUCAGUUAAUAUAUCGGAGCAUCAGUACCGGGUAGCGCUUAUGCUUUUCCUGGUAGCAUACUAUGUAUUUAAAGCACCGAGCAAUCUCGCCCUAAAGGUCUUCUCUCCUCUAGUGUAA